AUGUUUAAUCCUGAUCGUCGUCCCUCGGAUAUCGACUCGGUGUCCUCUGCAACAUCGAAUGAGACAUCUCGGGCGACAACGAUACCUAACUCGUGGAGUGCAACAACUUUACAAGACAAAUUGAAGCAAUUAGGUCAUUACAAUAUUCGACCGGUUGAUGAUGAUGACGACGAUCAUUCAUCAAAUUCAUCAGACACACCUGAAGGAGCGAUGUCUGUCAACAGUAAAAGUAAUGACAUGCAGAGAAACAAUAUCAUUCAACCGAACAAUAUGAAUGGACAAAACCAACAGCAGCCAUGGGUUAAUCCAUACUGGGGACCAACACCCGGUUCAGGAAUAAUAACAUCUCCGUCAGAUGCGGAUCAUAGUGCCAAUGGUGUGGGAGUUUCUACAGCGCAAAAUCAUGUCAAACAACUUAUUCCCGGUUCGAUUCUAAUCAAUGAUCAGGGCGAAAUAGAUGAUGCUCAAUGGAAGAAGAAUUCCGGUUUGCAUUCAAGUACAUCUAGUGCAUCGUUUACUCCAGGUGGUGAAUACAUUUCGGAUGAAAGUGGUGGAGCCGGUGGUUAUCUUGCACCCACACAUAUUCAACGUCGAACUGCACCUGCAUCAUCAGGACAAACAGUCCAAUCUGGAAACCGAAGUUCGUUGACUCAACCACAACAAACUCCCGAAAAUACGACUAAUAGUACAACUCAGCCCUGGGUCAAUCCCUAUUGGCCGCAAAAAGAUCAAAAUAAUACUGACCGCAGUCAAAGUGGCGAUUUCAAACCAACUCUCGAAAAUUCUUCUCAUCACUACGUCAAUGCUUCACCGAAAACAACCAUGGCAAGUGAUACAUGGGAGAAUCCUUACUGGGUAGAUAAUAAUACAACCAAUGAGAAUAGUUUAUCAAUGAAAUCAUCAUCAUCGUCAUCGUCGUCAACUGUUCCAUACUUUUACGAGCGUAUCUAUCCGCCACCUAGUCCAACAUCGUCUCGAGCAAAUAUACAACAUGAAAUAACACCAUCGACAAAGAAAUCUGACGUGAAUAUGCAAGACGAUAAUGACGAUUUACCUUACACAUUUGAUAAUCCAAAUGUCGUUCGUUAUCGCGCACCGUAUGCGGCGCCCAAUGGUACAAAUAAAGUAUUCAAUUCUGCCCCAACCGUACUAAAUGUGCAGUAUCCACUUUCAUCUAAACCUAACCCUAACACUUCCGGAUAUUCGUCAGCCGCAAACAUUAAUAACCCACCCUCCUUGAAUAAUGUCUUAUCUACUCUGUUCCCGAAAGCUAGUGACUAUCCAUCAUCUUCCGUUCACUAUGAUAUUCCUUCUCUAUCCAAUUCUGCUACUGUCUUAACUGAAUCCGAAAUUUAUCGUAUUCAUAAAGCACUUCGUCAACUCGAAACUGAUCCAAAUGCAAUACCAACCGUUGAAUCAUUUAACCACAUGACGUCAUCGUCGUCAACUAUUGAUCAGCGUAGUGAUCCUUUAUCGUCAAUCACUUCUUCAGCGCAACCACACUCAUCACUUCUUUCCCGUACUGUACAGUUUAGCUCCCCAAAAGCAUCAUUAUUCUCUAUGCCAAGCUAUCCCGGAACAACUCGUAAAAGUUUACAUCAAUCAACAGAGCAAGGCAAGGUUACUCUGAUUUAA